CUCUCCUCGAAAAGAUCACCAAACUCGUCUCCCGCUACUUCCUCCUCCCUCUGGUCACAUUGUACAUGUACCUGAUCCAAAAUCCUAAAUCUCGGGAGUACUACAAAUCCGCCGGAAUCCUUGACCUCGGCGAUGUCUCGAUCAACUACGUGAACAACUUUAGUCGCCAAAUCUCCUCCACGACGUACUGGAUGGAAAUGUAUAAUCGCGUAAAAGAGGCGGGAGCCUCCCUCGCCGGCUGCGGGUUGGCGGGACAUGACAUCCUCAUCCCGAGAAGUCCCGCCCUAAUAAAAUCCAUUUUGGUCAAGGAUGCCUCCCAUUUUGACCGGGUUGGGAAUCUCCUCUCUUUAAAGGGGGAUUACAUCGCGUCAAAAACGUUGCUCUGCCUGCAAGGCGAGGAUUGGACGAAAACCCGGGCGAAAUUUGAGGCUGCCUUUACACCGAGUAAAAUCCGACGGAAUUUUGUACAGGUGGACAAACUCGGGAAGGAAUUGGUGCAAUAUUUGAAUCGAGAAGUGGAAAAAGAGGCCCAAAUUAAUUUUGGACAGGCUGCCUUAAAGUUUACGACGGAUGUGACGGGCUCGACGAUGUUAAAUUUAGAUACGGGAUCCCUUCGGACACGUGGUCCGACUCGGUUUGAAGAAAUCUUGGAUAAGUUGUUCUCGUCCUUUGAUAAUUUUGCGAAUUGGUGGAAACCCGGGUUUAUUCAGUGGUUUCCGAGAAUUGCGACGUAUUUUAAGGUUACACUGGUGGACGAGGAGAUCGUGGAGUUUUACAGGAAUGUGGCACAGUUUGAGAUGAAUAAUGAAAAGGGAAGAGAUAGGAAUAAUUUCGUCAGUGUGGUCCGCUCCACGUGGGAGGAACUGUACGGAAAUCGAGGGUUGUAUGACAGCUCGGAUCACGAAGAAGAAUGGAUCACGGCCAAUUUGUUUGGCAUGGUUUUGCCCGGCUACAAAACAACGGAGACACUCAUCGCGAUGUGCGCCUAUGUUUUAGCGCUGCAUCAAGACGUCCAAGACAAAGUGAGAGACGAAAUCAACGCCACGUUCGAAUCGAACCAAGAUGACUUAGAUUUCGCCGCGGUUAAUCGAAUGACCUAUAUCGACAUGGUGAUCAAUGAAACUUUGAGAAUGUACUCGCCCAUAGGAUUGGUGGGACGCGUGUGCAAAAAAGAAUAUCCCGUUCCUGAUACUAAUCUUGUUUUGAAAGUAGGCGAUGUAAUUAUCAUUUCACUUUACGGGCUACAUUAUGACGAAGAAUAUCACGAAAAUCCAGAAAUUUUCGAUCCGGAGAGAUUUUCUUCUGGGGUAAAAAAUAAGGACUUUAGCUUUCUCCCGUUUACUCAAGGGCCAAGGAAUUGCAUAGGAUCCCGGAUGGCAAUGCUGGAAACUAAAAUGGCGUUGUGUUAUGUCCUCAGAAACUUUAAACUUACCCGUCCCCAGAAACUCUCAUUCCCAUGAAGUUUGUUAAUUCACAAUUUCCAGCAAUGGAUCCAGAAAAGGUGGUCGUUAACUUUACAAAAAUUCAAUCGUUAUCAGAAGAAAAGUUAUAAUUAUUCGACAAAUAUGGAAAGAACCAAUAUUUAUUUGUGUAUGUAGCAAGUUUAACCGAAAUAUCUAACUACUUCUACAGAAAUUUAAAACUAAUUUCUAAAUCCAUACUCCAUCAACACCACGUGGUUUUUACGAUUAAAAUAAAAUUUAUCAAUUUCCCUGAUUGAGGAAAACCCCAAUAA